AUGGAGCUUGAUUAUGGGCUGAAUUGCAGACCCUUUACGGCGAUGCAGUUGCAGGAUCAGUUUUUUCCUGACUUCUUGCAGAGAUUAAUCGAAAUUUAUAGCGAAUUUGAUCAAAGUGAAGAAACGGAAGAAGAGGAAGAUAAUCAAGGGUUUCGAAUUGGGUUGCAUGGGUUUCCGUUUCACGGUGGAUUAACUGGAGAGGCGGCGGCGGCGGUGCAACCUCUGCUUCCGCCGCAGAAGAAACGGUCGUAUUUGUUUUCUUUGGUGGAAAACGAAAAUGCAACGGAUGAGAAAAUGGGAGGAAGUUAUCAGUACGAACAUCAAGAACACUGCCGGCGGCAGUCACCGGUGGGUGGGUCGUCGAGAUUUGGGUUGAGAAACUCCGGUGGCGAAAUUGUGGAAGUUCACGGUGGUCACAUUGUACGGUCAACUGGUCGGAAAGAUAGACACAGUAAAGUAUGCACCGCGAAAGGACCGAGAGACCGCCGUGUCCGCCUCGCCGCCCACACCGCCAUCCAAUUCUACGACGUACAAGACCGCCUGGGGUACGACCGUCCGAGCAAAGCCGUCGACUGGCUUAUUAAAAAAGCCAAAACCGCCAUUGAUGAGCUCGACGAGCUUCCCGCCUGGAAACCCACUUCCACCACCGCCGCCACACAUUCAACUUCAAUUUUGAAUUUUGAGCAUCACCCAAAUGAUUGUAUUAUUGAUAAUCAAAUGAGUAACGCUCAAAAUUCAAGCUUUUUACCUCCAUCUCUUGAUUCAGACUCCAUAGCUGAUACGAUUAAGUCGUUUUUUCCGAUGGGUGGUUCCUCAACACCGCACAACAGUAACUCGUCGGCAAUGCAAUUUCAUCAGAGCUUCUCACCGACGGAUUUUCUUUCAAGAAGUAGUAAUCAAACUCAAGAUCUAAGACUCUCUCUUCAAUCAUUCAAAGAUCCGAUGCUUCACCACCACCACCACCAACAGACCGAAGAAGGUAACAGUAUGUUUCUAGAUGGCUCCGGCUGGCCGGAGAGAAUGGUGGGUUGGGGUGGUGGUGUUUCCGGUGGCUUUCCCUUCAGUUCAUCGCCAACACAAACAACGCCGUUCCUACAGAAUCAUUUGUUUAAUAACAAUUCUCAGAGGGGACCCCUUCAGUCCAGUAACACAUCUUCAGUUCGUGCUUGGAUCGACCAGCCACCGUUCGUCGGCGCUGCGGCAGUGAACAAGAGGAAGACGACGGCGUCUCUGAUAAACCGUCCUCGGCUUCCUCUGAUUCUCGCCAUUGAUUCACCUUCAUUCUUUAUAAUCUUCUCUCGAACAGGAUCAUUUACUGUUUUACGAAAACAGAGGAUAAAAAAGAUGAUUCAGCUUCACAGAGUCAAAUCAAUGGCCGCUACUACUACUGUUUCAAGAUUUUUUGUAUUUUGUUUUAAUCGAGCAUAUGUUUAGCUCUAAACUCUAUGCUAAAUUAUAUUUGAAUUACAUCUGUUCUUAGUUUAUGUACGCUAAUUGGGAUCGAAAUUAAUACUCUGC